AUGUCGUUAUCCAGAGCCUUCACCACACGAGGGAGGCGGAACACCAAAGAGACUGCGGGAUUACCAGUUCCUCAAAGGAGCUUGACUACGAAGCACGCCUUCCCCGCCGGAACCAUUAGACACAUAAUCUCAGCACCUGUAGAGCUCAUCUCAACGACAAAUAUGCUUUCCUACAAUGCGCCAGACAUAUUUCCAAAGACUUCAGCGUCUCCCAAAUCCACCACAUCCUCUAGGUCUUCAAACUCCGACGACGACGAUUCGGUUCGGUCAGCGACUAUGCCGGAAUCACCAAUUUCAUCCCCAGAUGGCUCAUUGAAUGGAUCGAUCCCCCCGUCGCCAGAACUCAAUCAUCUCUCCUGUUAUUUUGGAUCUGGCUCGGGCGAAGAAGGCGCUCCCAAGAUUCCUAGCAGAGCCCUGUCGCAUACCAAGAAGAAUGCUGAGAUUCUAGCACGGAAACGAUCUAUAUCACGGAUAUCUUCUCGGAAAAACAGCGUGUCUACAGUUCGAUCGUCAAUCAACAUGUUCAGCCUACCAUCUAAUACUCCGGAGCAAAGCGAACAACAUCCCUUCGGCAAUGAGCUUGCGAAGGUCUCGGAGAUAGCUGAAGAUUAUGGUAUAAGCAAGGAGAGAUUGACCGUCGUGGAUAAAGAAGAGCAGGAGCUAUUAUCACGGGGUCUUUUCAAAUUCCGAGCUGAAGAUUACAUGAAUGAGAUCCAAGGGUUCCUUCAGAGUGCUUUCAGCGAUGCGAGGCCUACUAUGCCGUCGUCGAUGUGGAUAUAG